AUGGCUAGGCCUAUGUCUGACCACAAACCAAUCUUAUUGAGUUGCAAUAUCGAAGACUGGGGUCCUCCACCUUGGAGAUUCGAAGGUAUGUGGCUGUUUGAAAACUCUCUAUUGGAUCUUAUGGCUGAAUGGUGGAACUCUUUUGUAGUCAGCGGUCCUCCGGGAUUUCAAUUGGCUAAAAAAUUCCAGUUGUUAAAGGCCAAGAUAAGGGUCUGGAAUAAAGAAGUCUUCGGAAAUAUUGAUAGAAAAUUUGAACUGACUCUCGAUCAGAUUAAACUUCUAGAUCAGUUGGCCGAUGAGGGUUCUAUCUCUAUGGAUCAACUUGAUACUAGGAACCACCUAAAGCUCAAGUUUGAGGACAUUGCGGAUAUGCAAGAGAUGCACUACAGGGCUAAAUCUAGAAUCCAGUGGCAGAUGGAGGGGGAUCGGAAUACCAAAUAUUAUCACAGAAUUGCUAAGUCUCGUAGGAGGAGGAAUACUUUCUCCAAACUGCGUAUUGAGGGUUCUUGGGUGGAAGAUAAAAAAACUAUAAAAGACAGUAUUGUCUCUCAUUUUCAAGAGAGAUUUAAACUGAAGGAUGAUUUUCAGUUCUCUCUUUCUAAUCUUGGUCUUAAUUCAAUUUCUGAAGAGGAAAGUGUGAUUCUCGAGAAAAGAAUUGAAGAAGAGGAAGUUUUGCUUGCUCUUAAAAGACUGGGGCAAGAUAGAGCUCCAGGGCCUGAUGGGUUCCAAGUCAAUGUUAUUGUGAAGUGCUGGAGUUUUAUGAAGAAUGAUAUCAUGGAAGUGGUUAGGAAAUUCGAAAGCUCGGGUUUUAUCGACUGGAGGCUUAAGUCCACUUUUAUCUCUUUGCUUCCAAAGAAAUCUGUGGUGGAAGAGAUAAAGGACCUUAGACCAAUCAGCCUUUCCAAUACGGUCUUCAAAGCUAUAUCAAAAGUUCUCGCUGAAAGGUUGAAGUUGUUGUUGUCAAAGCUCGUCUCCAAUUCUCAAACAGCCUUUAUUAAAGGUCUUCAAAUCUUGGACAACAUAUUAAUAGCUAAUGAAUGUCUAGACUCCAGGUUGAAAUCUAAAAAGUCGGGGCUGAUUUCUAAAAUCGACCUUGAAAAGGCUUUCGACAAUGUUAAAUGGUCCUUGGUCGACGAAGUUCUUCAGCAAAUGGGUUUCGGACAAAUUUGGAGAAUGUGGAUUAAAGGUUGUAUUGAAAAAAUACCCUUUUCUAUUCUAGUAAAUGGAAGCUCUUGUGGGAAAUUUAUCAGCGAGAAGGGUCUUCGUCAAGGCGAUCCUCUUUCUCCGUUUCUUUUCUUGCUCGUCUCUGAAGUCUUAAACAUUAUGUUCUCUAAAGCUUCACGUGCUGGUAAAGUAGGUGGUUUCAUUGUUAAGAAUGGAGGCACCACCAUUAGUCAUCUGCAAUUUGCAGAUGACACUUUGGUUUUUCUUGACGUCGACCUGGAGCAAGUUAGAUUUUUAAAGUAUAUUCUCUUAUCGUUCGAGUUCGCCUCAGGUUUAAGCACAAAUUUCAGUAAGUGCAGUCUCUUUGCAGUCGGUGAAGUGAAUAAUCUCAACACUUCGGCAGCUGUCUUUGGGUGUUCUUGUGAAGCUUUUCCUUCAAUUUAUCUCGGUUUACCUCUUGGUGAGCAAAGUCUUUCGAAAUCUAAAUGGGAUAGAGUAAUCGAAACUUGCAAAGAUAGAUUAGCCUCCUCGAAGAGAAGCUCUUUAACGAAGGAAGGUAUUCGGAAACUAAAUAGUAUGAAUAAGGCGUUACUUAUGAAGUGGUGGUGGUGUCUUGGAAAGGAAAGAAAUUCUUUGUGGGCUAAAAUUACUUUUGAAAAGUAUGGAUGCUCUGAUCUCGGUUGGAGGACUAAGAAAACAACAAGUUCUCAUGGUGUAAGCUUGUGGAGGAACAUUUAUAAGGUUGCAGAGGACUUCUUCAAGUUUACUCAAUUCAAAAUUGGAAGGGGUCAUAAAAUUCUCUUUGGGGAAGAUAAAUGGUGCGCACAAGGUCCAUUUGCUGAAACUUUUCCAAGGUUGUAUGAGAUAUCUAAUAUCAAACAUUGCUCCCUGCUCCAACUUUAUGUUCUUGAUGAGUCUGGAUGCCAUUGGAACUUCGGUAUCUCCCAUAGACAUUUAUACGAUGCUGAGAUUGCUGAAUUUACUGUUUUGACUCCAAUUCUUAACAGUGUAGUCUUUUCUCCCGAUGAAGAUGAUGAGCUUGUUUGGGUUGGUGAAUCUUCAGGAGCUUUCUCUGUUAAUCUUCUUACCAUUGACAAUCUGCAGCGUAGAAAUUGCUCUUUGUCUGUUUUUGGGGGCUCGUCAACAACAAAUUUAUGUUCUCUGUUCAAUAAUAUGUUGGAAUCUGGUACUCACCUCUUCUGGAAUUGUCGGUUCACUCAUCAAGUUUGGGCUUACUUUUUCGCUCAAGCAAAUGUGCAGUUUCCUACUUUCUCAUCCCUCUUAAAUUUGUUUAAGAACUGGUCAUCUGUGGCCACUCAAAAUGAUGGGAAGGAGAUAUGGAAGAGGAUCCCUGCCAGGGUUUGUUGGAACGUUUGGAACGAGAGAAAUGUCCGCACUUUUAAUGGCAAGAAAAGCACUGUGGAGGCUAUCAUUGCUGAUUCUAAAAUCAGCGCUUUUCAUUGGGCUGCUAAGAAUUUAACUUGUACAAAUCUGUUGCAUCAUGAUGUGAUUUCUAACUGGAGAGAUGAAGGUAUACUAAUUUCACUCAGUUUUUGGUUAGCAGUAUCAAGAUUCGGAGUAAGAGAAUUGAUGCAGAGGUCAAGGACAUGUGAUCCAUUAUGUUCAGUUGAUGAUGUGAGCUCCCAAGAUUUUGAAGCGAGUUACCAGCCAAAGACUGAUUUCUUGAAAGCGUUUGCAAUCGUUGGAGCAGCUGCGGCUGGGGAUGUGGGUUGCUGCCAAUCAGGACAUAGCCAUGGAUUGGUAUUCGGAUUAGGAUAUGCAGGGAUUAUCUUUGAGGAAUCUUUAGCAUUCAAUAAAAGUGGACUUGGAUUAUUGAUGGCAGUUAGUUUAUGGGUUAUCAGAAGCAUCGGGGAUUAUCUAAAUCGAAAUAGGCCAGAUAAGUUCGGCACCAGAACAACAGAUGUAGCGGGAAAAAAGUUUGAUAGCUCAAAAAUAAACAAUGUUGCACCUCCACAGAAGGCUUUUCUUGGACUUAAUCUCAAUGCAGGAAGUACCUCAAAUCCUUCUCUAGGGUUCUCAAAUGAGUUUGAUUUUAAUGUGCAAAUUCCUUCUGAUACCGCUAAUGAGAGUGGAGGAUAUUGGAGUCACGGUACUUCUGGUCCUGUUUGGAUACCCGACUAA